GGCCAAGACACCCAUUCAAAAGCCACACCUCAUUCUAUAUUGGCCAAAAGUUCGAGUUCCAUGUGUUCAAGACACUAGGAGAGCUAAGAAUAUCACCCAUCACCUCAAGCCUUCUGACAACAAAAUAGGAGUGCUUAAUGAGGGUAUUAGGACAAUAUCAAAGCGUCUACUCCAUCCCGGUGCUGAUACAAGCGACAUAAUCACAUUUUAUAUUUCAAUGAUUCGGUGCUUACGGGUCGUCGAUCCUCAAGGGGUGAUCCUAUAUCGAGUUGCAGACCCAAUUCGGUCCUAUCUCAGAGGUCGACCAGAUACGAUACACCAUAUAGUCACCCUCCUUAUCAAUGAAAAUAGUGAAUUAGCUCAAGAAGACCAAGCUCCUAUUGUACCGGAAAUGGAGCACGAAGAUUAUUCUGACCCUAAAUGGAUACCCGAACCCAGAGAUGCUGGACCGAGUAAGCAGGCUUCUACGUCAUGGAACUAUCUUAAACCAUUACUACAGAGUUUAGAACGCUGCGGCCUGCAGACCUUAUCAGUACUCUGGUCAGCAUAUAUGACUCGCACGACUUAUUCAUCAAGGAGCUUCAAAACUUGUUUGCAAACAUACUGCUACAAACGCGAGAAGGAGACUUCGAUGCUGAGGCACAAACGGCAAAUCGAAAUAUUGAAACUUCGCUUUGGUGAUGCGGCACUUCAAGCACCGGAUGUCAUGCUAUCCGACAUGCAGGCUUCGUCGAGGCUGAGUCGCCAAGUUGAUGAGACUUCAGAGGCUGUUAUCAAAGCUGCUGUGGUUUCACGAUGGUUCUGGCCUGAUCCUCCGGAGCUGGACAAGUUCAAGAUGCCCGGACAAUUUGCUAGAUUGCAAGAAGAAUUUGGUAAGAAAUAUGAACAAAUCAAACCGGAUAAGAGGUUACAUUGGGUUCAUCAAAUGGGUACACUUAAAUUGGCAAUCGAACUGAAGGACCGCACCGUUGAAGUGACCGCCACACCUUUAGAAGCCGCAGUCAUUGAGCUAUUCUCGGAAAACGAAGCCCUUGGCGUGAAGGAGCAAACAGAUUCGAGUAGAUGCGCGGAAGCUAACCACGGUAAAGUUGUAAUGCAACAAACAGAUGUAAUAAAACAAUCAACUGAAGAUGCCUUUGACAGCCGUGAUCAACAAGACUGGCUGCAUAUCAAGAGGGCUCUAACAAAUUUUGGAGGAGGACUUUCAACCUCUCGUAUUCAUAGCCUUCUCAAGUAUAGCCCUAACCCCAAGACCAUGCCACAGUUGGAAGCUCUUCUCGAACGACUGCAGGCGGAGCACCUCAUCGAAGGUAUAGAAGGAGUGUGGAGAUUGGAAAAUAGACUUCAGACCAUACAAUGUCAGCAGCAGAUUAAAGAAAUGCAAUUGCUGAUAGCCGAUUUAAUGAAGAGAGUCGAAGAAUCAGAGGCGCGAACCUUCAGGCAGCUAUCUGCCCUUGCGUCGGAAAUCGGAAAGAGAACAGACGAUAUUGGCCACAUCCGCCAACAACUUCGAAGUUCUAGUGCAGACUGGUGGUGCACCUCGGCCGCCUCUACACCUGCCUCGAGGACAAUAAAUAUCGAAACUCCUUCCCCCACCACCACCGUCUUUUCUGACCCGUCAUUGGAGCAAUCGGACAUAGAUGAUAAAUGGGAUGUCCCAAAUUGGCUCAGUGAGGAAGGGCCAAGACACCCAUUCAAAAGCCACACCUCAUUCUAUAUUGGCCAGUCAAAUGAAAUGGGAGAGAAAACCAAAGGUUCGACGGGAGAGGAGAUGACCCCCAGUAUGCUUCACGAGCUACCGGAGAAGCACGACUUGGACGAAAUCGUGCAUUCUCCAUAUGGUCCGGCCAACCUCGAAGCAUUUUUGACGGCAGAGCAAAAUGAAAAGCUGAUGAUUCGCCGGAUAGACGACGAUGAUCAUACAAUGCGGUUCAUCUCCGACGAUUGCGACCGGUAUCCCAUCGUUCUAGGUGGCCUAAACGAGCCUAUCAUUGAGGGGAGAUUUCGAGAUGAAAAAGACGUGCAUCAAGCUUCGAUAUUCCGGUCAAGGAGAUGGGGUACUCACACGAAUCUACUCCUUCGUCGUUUACCAAGUCGCGAAAAUUUGCUACCGGAUGAUUCUUUACUGCUCCCUGCUCAUAUUUUACAACAACGUCGCAAGACGUGCUGGGAAGAUAUAUUGGGCGCCCCGCCUGAAGAUACCAGAGCCGCUUUUGCUGAUGCACUUCAGCAAUACAUGGGAUAUACAGGCACAAAGCCGUCUGGACCUCCCUCGGACCAGAACGCCAAGGGCCGUCGACUGGAUAGCUUGAUUCCGUAUUUGCUCGAUGCAUUCGAUAACGCUGUGAAGAACCCGUGGCAUCACCGUGGAACGCUGAGCGACUUGAUUGUGGAUUUGGAUGACUUUGCAGUACAGAGGGAGCUGGAAGCGAUCGACUCGGCGUAUUUAUGGCGAGGUGUCCUCACGAAUACAUUUCCAAAACUUUGCUUGAAGCACAUCAAGAUGGGCUCGGUGGGUGGAAGUGACCCACGGUGGCCCGUAGUCCAGGUAGAGUAUUCUGAAAGAUUGGUUAGGAGGCGUCAACUGUGGAGUGCAAUUGCACAAUACCGCUUCCCUCAAGACUCUUACCUCCCCAAUGGGAAAGUUGGUACUCCACUCGAUCGGGGCAUCCAAUUGAAGCAAUUGGUACACGAGAGUAUUUACUUUGCUCAUAUCAUGAAGAGUUGGAAGGACGGGGUCGUCGGUGUGAAGAAUCGGAUUCUUCCUCAGCUGGAAACCUUUGGGCAACGAAACAAGCCCUUGGAGGAAUCUGAAUUGGAGGGUUGGAUGCAGUUGGUCUCAUCUCUUCAUGCCUUUUAUGCAUCCAAAGUCAUACAUUCUUCACCAAGUAAGGCUUCUCAUCAAAUGGAAGGGAGUUGA